AUCGUCAGAAAAAAGAAACCAAAGCCAAAAGCUCCAACGCAACACCAAACUUAGCCGUCAGAACGAACCGGGUUGAUGGCUGAUCGGGGUUCGGCCGUUGCGAAACCGAUUUGGAUGAAGCAAGCGGAGGAGGCGAAGCUGAAGAGCGAGGCCGAGAAAGCUGCGGCAGCCAAAGCUGCGUUUGAGGCCACAUUCAAGGAUUUGGAGAAGAGUCGCGAAAGGGGGACAGUUCAAUCGGACAGUGAAUCUGAUGAAUAUGAGGAUUUGGCCCAGAAGCCCGUUGGGCCUGUGGAUCCGGCCAAGUGCACCGCAGCGGGGACCGGGAUUGCGGGCGGAACGGCGUGUGCUCCGUCAUCAUUUUUGGUGGUGACUAAGGAUGCUGACGAGAGGAAGGUUUCCUCUGGGGGUGCGCAGAUCAAGGUGAAAGUGACGCCAGGGUUGGGGGUUGGGGGGUCUGACCAAGAAGGGAUUGUGAAGGAUAUGGGUGAUGGAACUUAUACUGUUACUUAUGUGGUGCCUAAGAGAGGGAAUUAUAUGGUCAAUGUUGAAUGUAAUGGGAAGCCUAUCAUGGGAAGUCCGUUUCCUGUGUUUUUCAGUGCAGCAGGUAAUAGUAGUGGAGGGCUGCUGGGUUUAGCUCCUGCAUCAACAUUUCCAAAUCUGGUUAAUCAAACUAUGCCUAACAUGCCAAAUUACUCUGGAUCAGUUUCGGGCGCAUUCCCAGGAUUGUUAGGAAUGAUUCCGGGGGUUGUUGCUGGGGCUUCUGGGGGUGCUAUUUUGCCAGGAAUUGGGGCCUCACUUGGGGAAGUUUGUCGUGAUUACCUUAAUGGGCGCUGUGCAAAAGUUGAUUGUAAGUUGAAUCACCCACCUCAUAAUUUGCUAAUGACUGCCUUAGCUGCGACAACCUCAAUGGGAACACUUAGCCAAGCUCCUAUGGCGCCUUCUGCUGCUGCAAUGGCUGCAGCUCAGGCCAUAGUUGCUGCCCAAGCUCUUCAAGCACAUGCAGCUCAGGUGCAAGCUCAGUCAGCAAAAGAUUCCACUGGUUCACCUGAAAAAUCUAGUAAGGAUGAUGCAUUGAAGAAAACCCUUCAAGUUAGCAAUCUUAGCCCUCUUCUCACAGUGGAACAGCUAAAACAACUCUUUGGCUUCUGUGGCACUGUUGUUGAAUGUACAAUCACUGAUUCAAAGCAUUUUGCUUAUAUAGAAUACUCAAAGCCUGAGGAGGCGACUGCUGCUCUAGCAUUAAACAACAUAGAUGUUGGGGGACGCCCUCUGAAUGUUGAAAUGGCAAAAUCACUUCCGCAGAAACCGUCUCUUGUGAAUUCUUCACUUGCUUCAUCCUCUCUUCCUUUGAUGAUGCAGCAAGCUGUUGCAAUGCAACAGAUGCAAUUCCAGCAGGCACUGCUCAUGCAACAAACUAUGACUGCACAGCAGGCUGCUAACCGAGCUGCAACUAUGAAAUCUGCCACAGAGUUAGCUGCAGCCCGAGCCGCAGAAAUAAGUAAGAAAUUGAAACCUGUUGGACUUGAAAGUGAAGAGAAAGAGACUAAGCAGAAAUCCAGAUCACCUUCUCCCCCUCGUGGAAGAUCACAAUCGAAGUCAAGAUCUCCUAUCAAUUACCGGAGAAGGAGGAGGUCUCGCUCUUACUCUCCUGCUCAUCAUUCUAAGGAUCGUCGGUCAAGAUCACCAUUGAGAUCUCAUCAUCAUUCAAGUUAUGAAAGGGAAAGGAGGUUCUAUAGAGAUAAUAGGGAACAUGGUGAUAGAUACAGAAGACGAGAUUUGGAUAGAUCUCUUGAUCAUCGUUCAUCUUACUCAAGAAGAAACAGAAGUAGGAGUGUGAGUCCUUAUACCCGGAAAUCUUCUGUUUCUCCAAAACAUCAUAGAGAAAGUUCACCCUAUAGAGGAAGGAAACAGUCACGUGCUGAUUCUGGCUCUCCAAGUCAUCGCAGAGGAAGCAGGUCUUCUCCAAAGAUUGAUGAGAAAAAACUGAGAAAUAGAUCAGGAUCUUCAGAUGAUAGGCUUCACUCCUCAAGCAAAAAUGAUGAAUUAUUGAAUGGAAAGUUUAAACAGAGAGAGCGAAGGCGAUCCAGGUCAGCAUCAGUGGAUGAGAAGCCUCACAGAAGGAGCCGAUCAUCCCCAAGACAAGUGGAUGAAUAUAGAUCUAGGCACAAAAAGCGGUCAAGGUCUAGAUCUGUGGAUGAUAAGCACCAUUCACCUGAGAGAUUGGAUGAAAACAGAAAUAGAAGAUCAAGGCAUAAUGAUAAGAGGAACUCCAGAUCAAGAUCUACAGAAAAUAGGGAUCAAACUGACGUCAGAGAGGAUGAAAGCAAAAAUGAAAAGUCAAAAUAUCAUGAUACUAAAAGGACCAGUUCAAAAUCUGUUGAAGGGAAGCAUCGUUCUAAAGAUAAAUUGAGUGAAAGUAGAGAUAAGAAAUCAAAGCAUUGUGAUAGAAGGCGUUCAAGGUCAAUAUCAAUAGAAGGUAAGCAUGACAAAGGAGGCACUUCACCCCACAAAAAUUUGGACCAUAGCAGUUUUGAACUGAGACAAUCCAGGUCAAAGUCCCCUGAGGCCAAGCAUCACUCCAGUGAUAAAUAUGGAAAUAGAAGUGGAAAAUCAGAGCAUCAAGAGAAGACCCCAUCUAAAUCAAAAUCAAAAUCGAAAGGAAAAACACAAUCUCAUUCAGGAUCUGCAGAAGUUAAGCAUCGCUUGAAUGAUGGAGAAAAUGCAACUAGAAAAGAAAAUUCAAAACUCUUUGGAGAUGCCUUGCAGGAACCAAUUAUAAAUGUGAGGGACUCAACAGAUCGGAAUGAUAAUGGGAUGCUGAUUUCAGUGAAUGAUAACUACAAGUCAGAAGGGUCAAAUGAAAAUGCAAGAGCUGAUGAUAGACCAGGAUGGAUAUGUGCAGAAGAAGUGGGAAGUGAAAAACAUUAAGCCAAUUUGCUUGGUAACGACUAUGAACUUAAAUAUAGAAUAAAUUUGACUUUGCACUUGCGUGAUUAUUAAAGCUUGGUUCUGUUCUGUGCUUUCAGGAGUGGUGGAUCUAAUUGACAUCAAAGAUUCUAGCUGGCUUUUGAUAAUGCUAACAAUAUAGCUAUGAGUAUAGAUUUCUUUUAUUUCAUCUUGAAUCGGAAGCAUUUAAAAGGAUAAUUGAAGAUCCCUGCUUAUAAAUGCUGAUCGGAGAAGCGGGUCACUAGAGGCUGAUAUGAUUUCUUGUCACUAGAGUAUAAUCUUAUUUUGAAAGCACUGAUCAUGGUUUUGUCUGUGAUUGAAGAUUUCUGCUCCUGUCAAUGGUUAUGGGAUAAGAGCAUAUUCUCAUUUAAGUUUCCUGAACAAGUUCUUUCCAAGGAAUAUACUGUUUCUUCUUAGGAGGACUGCAAUUCUCAGAGGAUGAUGCCUAAAUUAUUUGGCUUAUGAACAUCUUCCAUUGUUUAUUUCUUUUUGCAGGUUGGGUUGGAAAAGAUCGGGUGUGGAAUCCCACAGCUGUUGAUAUGGUUUAAGGUUUCAAGAAAUGUCCUGCUUUUGACAUGAUCACCCAUGCAGCGCUUAUAUCAUGCUUCUUUUACUGCUUGAUUGAUGUAUGUUGGAAUGUUAAGUAUACUAUUCUUUUUAUUAAAGGUAAUUUUUGCCAUGUUUGAGUCUUGAUAUAUUUUUUAAUUUGAUGGAAUCUGAAUACUUUUGGUUUAUAGUUCAUCAGAAUUAAUGACAGUGUGGAGGGAGAAACCCUUUUAGCCAGUGUCCGAUUAUAUGCAACUAAAACUUUUUUGGGCUGAGGAUAGCAAUAAUAUAUUAAACUGAACCUUCUACAGUGAUUUUUUAGUUUAUGGCAAGCAUCAUUAUUUGAUGUGGCCAACCAUAGGUUCCGUUUCAUUUACUCAUGUUUUGUGGUAUGGUGGGCAUGUUAUAUCCAAAACAAAUGCAGGUUAUUCUCAUUGAAAUCUGUUGGAGCUUUGAGAUACACUUAUGCUGGGUUGAUUUUCUCUUAUGUGAACAAAGGUAUGCUGUCAGAUUCUGAUGCUCUAUGGUUUAGAGCAUAUCUGUUUUUCUUCCAUUUAGUGUUAUGAGAGCAAUGGGGGCUGCUUAGCUUUUGUAUUAUGUAUGAAUGCAUUUGCUCUAAGUACUGUUUACCUAUAUUUUUUUACCAUCAUCUGGUGUCUUAUAUUGUCCUGCAUUUUUUUUUUCGUUUCUUUUGUUUUUCUUUCCCUUUUCUUUUUUCUUUCCUUUUUCCUUUUUUCCCCAAGAAAUUGUCAUGGUUAGGUAACGCUUCUAUAUAAAGGUCAACUGAACCUGGAUGUUGCUGCAAUGAGUUACAUCAUGUUGAAUUUGCGCAAAUUGGAUGAGUUACAGUUUUUACUUAAGUAAAUGCUGAAAUGCAAAUGAUUUCAACAGGUAAUUCCCCAUGAAACUAUUGGGCGGUUCCACUAUUUGUGUAGGAUGUUCGAUUUAAUUGUCAGUCAUGUCAUUCUUCAUUUAGUUCUUUAUGUUGUCCUGUUCACAUUGAUGAUUCUACACUUUACCUCAUUACAAUAAUUUGCUGAUUGACUGGUUUUCAGUGUCAUCUCAAUGAUUGUGUUAUGAGUCUUUGUUGUGUUGAUUUGAUAUGGUGCUGGAGAACUUUUGGGUUUUUCCUUUCUUUUGAGGACAUUAGGGAUAUUUUCUGUGGACGAGAUCUAAUUUUUUGUGUUGAUCUGGUAUGGUGUCGCAACUUAAUUUUUGGUUUUGAAAAAUACGAGCUUGUUGCUGAGGUGCUAAAGAACUUUUGGCUUUUUCCUUUUCUUUUGAGGACAUUUACUUUUUUGGUGGAUCACAUCUAAUUUGUUGUGUUGAUAUGACGUGGUAUCAACUUAAACUUCGGGUUUCAUGAAUGAACUUCUUGCUGAGAGACUCUGGAGAACUAAUGGGUUUUUUCUGUUCUUUUGAGGACAUAUGGGAUAUUUAUUUUUUGGUGGAUCAAAACUGAAAGUUUUCCCCCUCUUUUUCACUCUUUUCUUCAUCUUUCCCCCCUCCCACUUUCUCUCCCUUCCUGCCAACCCUUUUCUUUUCCCGUUUUUCCUUUUUCUGGUUAGGUUAAAGCAUUGGAUAUGAUGAUCUUGUGGGCAGCAGCAAAUUCUCAUCACCAGAUGAUUGUGAAGUUUGUUCUUGGAAGUUCUCUUGGUGUUUUAGUUUUCUUUUUCCUUUGGGUUAGAUUUCCGUAUCAUUUGUUCUAUCCGCAUCAACUGGUUUUGUCAUCGAUGGCAAUUUGUCAAUUUUAUGCCUUUGCAAGUUGGCGUCUAGACUUUAACGGAAAGUG